CCUCAUCUUUCUCUGCCCAGGAUGACCAGCGGGCUGGUGUACGUGCAGGGGGACAGCUGUGAUUCUGGUAUUGCAACCUUGGAAGAAAAAGAGGAUUCUGACUGUCAAGAUGAGGAUUCUACUCUAGAGAAUAAUUCAGGUGAUGAUGACAGUUCCAGCAGUGACUCUGAAAGUGGCUCUGAGAGUGACUCUGACACAGUGGCAGAUGAAGAUGAAUCAAGCAAGGAACUAGAAGACAAAGCGUCUGAGUCAAAUUGUGUUAAAGCAGAGUUUAACACCCAACAACACUGUGAAUGUUGCAGAAUUCAGCAAGUGCAGCAAGAGCAAAUAACUCCCAGAAGAUUCUCCAGAGGACAAUUCUGGUUGCAGCUUGAUGCUGAAGGAGUUUACCAGUGUGCUGUCACAGGCUUAAUCUUUGAAGUUACCAAAGCUGCUGUCAUUAAAUACUCCCUUUUGUCUUGGAGCAAGUUUGCCAAUUACAUUAAAGAGCCCUGGAUUGUUGGAGGCCCUAUCUAUGAUGUCACAUGUACAUCAACAUCCGUCCUAACCUCUAUUCAGUUUCCACAUGCACUCUGCCUGAAUGAUCGUUUAUCAGACACAACCUUCAAAGUGUUCCAUUUCAAAAACAAUGGUCCAGAAUUUGAGGGUUCCAUUGAUCAUUCAGCAACUCAUGUCAAAUGGAAAGUGAGCUCACUGUCUCCUGUUGGACCAGUUCUUCAGAAUGGUGAUCCAGUAUACUACCAUGGGGUGGUUCUUUUAUACAAAGCAGUCAAUGAUCACCCUUCCUUAUCAUUCCGUGUGUAUGUGGCAAGUAACAAUGACUCAUUUAUAAAGGAUGUCUCAAAAGCAGUAAAACUUUCUGGUAAGAAAUUUAUUAAAAUUGAGAAACCCCCUUGUCAGAAAUUACUCCAACGUGGGAAGAAAUACAGAUUAAUUAGUGAACCAGAAGCUGAAAUAACUCCUGAGGAGAUUGAAUUUGUCGAUGACUCUCUUCUAAAAGUGAAAAGUUAUAUUGAGGUGUAUUUAGAACAGCCAGUAGAACUUACAUUAUCUUUGAUGGAACUGGACUCUGAAGAAACUGUGUGGAAAGCAAAGCUAAGAGAAUGUGACUGGAUCCAGCAAAUUCAGAAUGACAAUGAGCAAAGAAGACGCAUUAGUGUCAGUAAAAGACGAAAAACUAGCAACAGUUUGUCAGAAGAGGAGUUUUGCAAUAAACGGGUGAAAGGUAACGACACUACAGAUGGGAUGACAGUGAAAACAGUAUUAACAGAUAAGCAGCUGAUGACCCUUGCAAGGAAGAUGGGUAAAGACUGGAAAGUUAUUGGCAUUCAGUAUCUUAACUUGUCCAUUGAAGAGAUCGAGCAGAUUGAAGCAAAGGAGGAAGACAUUAAUAUGUAUAAAUGCAAGAUGUUGCGGAAAUGGAGGGAUUCUGAAAAGAAUAUGGGGACUGCACAAUGUUUAUAUGGGUGCCUUAAUGGUCACACAUCCCAUGAAGUGAUAGAAACUCUGAAAGGGUUUUUGGAACAGACACAAGCUCAUGAAGAAACAGCUUGAAAAGAAGAAACAUCAGGAUACUCUCUUGUGUGGACUUUCCAAAUGGAUGAAAAGGAAUUUUGUUAUGAGCUGUCAACUGUUAGAAAUUCUGGCGGGCUUCUGUGAAGUUAUAAGAUGACCUGGCCAAUUGUGGAAACUUUGGGAUGAAAUACAUUCAGGGAAGAAGAAAAACUGUGAACUGAUGUAAAUAGAAACAUUUUCUGAAACAUUCCUACCCUCAUAUGCUCAGCCAGGGAGCAAAUUUUUACUCACAGCUUCUCUAAAAUGUUUAACCAAGCCUGGCUGUUGGAGGUUCA